AAUCUGAGCCUGUGACUAAAGCGCCAUCUCUCCGGCUGCACACUUCAGGCUGCGUUUACUCGCUGGCUCUGCAGGGCGCUAAAAGCAACCUCUGCAUUUAAAGCAGUUUUUUCUCCCUCUCUCUCUCUCCCCCUCUUUCUCUCUCUCUCUCUCCCUCUUUCUCUCUCACUCUCGCUCUCUCUCUCUCUCUCGUUGGAUGUCGCUGUGCAGGAAUCAGCAAAAUACACGGAAAACAAACUACCGUGUGCGUUAAAUUUACAGUAGAUGAAUUCUUCUGGAUAUCAGACACUUUGAAGCCCGUUCGCCAAGCAUGAGAUGCAGAAAGAGAGUACGAGAGGAAGGGAGAAGAUAAACAAAAAAACAGAUAAAAGAAAAGAAAACGGAAGCGUACAGGAGCGAAAAUAUAAGCCCCGCAUCGAUUUCCGGAGCUCCUCUACAACAAACACCUGACCUCGACCUCCAUGGACGGUGGAAAAAAACCGGUUUGUUGAAAUGGAGAUACCGAGAUUUUCUCUCAUCAUUCCGUCUCCUCCUCCAGCACGCGCGCUGCCGAGGCUGAUGAUGAUGAUGAUGAUGUUUGCGUAGGAGUAUUGUAUUUUGCGGACGGCAUUAGUACACCAGUCUCUUUACUGUUCAAACAACUCCAGACAAGCGGUGGAUGGACCUGCCUGCUCCAAGCACAAUCCUCAAGAGAAAUAUUUUUACUCAUUAUUGAAGCUUGGCUCGUGUUUUUUCUUUUUCCCCUCUCUUUGGAGUGUUUUCCACAUGUCUUUCUGUGAGUCUGGGAUGUUUUGCACGCGUAUGAAACGGGCUGCGUCCGGAAAAGUAGUGUAAAAGCAAACACUCAGAGAAUAAAAGUGAGCGUUUUUUGCAUUUGCUGUUUUUGAAGGUGAAGUGGUUUAGGCUCCAUCUCUCUUUUUUGGAGCUUUCACUUUCUGCCAACACCGUUUUUUAAAUUAAAUUUAUAAGUACUUCCGUUAUUCAGUGACUGAGGUUAAAAUUGCAACCUGCAGAGGUCGAGACCCUAGCCCCAAGGAGCCACCGCAACCCUAGAUGUGACCCUGUGAAUUUCUCUUAUCUCUGAAGGUAAGACUCUUUUUACUCUUUACUGCAAAAGCUUCUGUGUCCACUGACUUCCAAUGGGAUGCAUCCCAAAGUGGGUUUUUCUUUUCAGCACCAUGGACAGAGUCAGACUUUUCUUACAGCAUUAGAUAAAUCUUGUUUUUCUUCUCCUUAUUUCACCCAGAACAUUCAUAAUUCAUCAAAGCCCACAUUGGCAACAUACAGCACAAAGUACCUUACAUCUCCCAGUUUCUGACAGCUGUAAUUAAACUAUGGGAGAGUUGUGGAUACACAAGCAUCCAGAGAGAUGGAUAAGAAAGAGGCUGAAAACCAGGGAGAGGUUUAUAGUGUUUUGUAUGACAGACCUGCUGGCUGGCUGCUUUGCCACAUGCUAACAAAAAACAGCAUGGCUUGUGAGCCCAAGCUACUGUCACCAACUGUUAGCCAUGGUUACAUCCAAACUGUUUUAUUCCCCAAGAUAUUUUUAAGAAGGGUGGAAAUGCAUUAGGGCUGCGCAGAGUGGAAGCAUUACAAUUGAGUGUGGUUAAAACGAAAGGGAAAUAAUUGAAAAAGGAACCCACAGGGGUGAAACUCACCACCUACUGGGUGCUUUGAAAACAUGGAAGUGGAUAAAGUAAGAAGUAACCAGCUCGAAUGUGAGCCCAUGACUGUGUUGGAGGAUUUUAUGUUUCACUUUCUUCAUUAUUUAUGAUGAUAGAAAGUACAUCCACUCUUUAAAAGUUCGUCCAAAAAAGUAUCUUCUAAUUCCAAAUUCUCAUGUCUCCAAAUCUCUGCAGUGGUUUGGUCUCUUUUUUUAUGCCAAAUUUUUGAUUGCAGACAUGAAAUUGAAGUAAAAGUUUUGCGUCUAUGUGGUUUUUGAUUAAUGCUGUUGUACCGAAGAGUAUGAAACAAAGUUUUACUUCAGUCAAUUUGACAGUACCCCAUAUUUACACUUAAAAUAAAAUAAAAUGUUUAGAUCAUACUGUAUUACGUAAUCCAACCCACUUAACGAACCAACAGCCAAUUACUUUUCCACGUUUGCAGUAAAGAACAACUACCCAACAGGCAGAAGCCUCAUAUAGCAUGUAUAGCAUGUAUAUAACAGACAUUAAUAUUCAGACUAGCCAGCUAAUAUGAAGGUGAGCAAACGCCCCAAAACAGGUCCUCCCAACAGAUGGCCGUCAACAUUCCUGUGCUGGUUACAACGAGUGAUUAUGUACCAGUUCAACCAGACACAUUCUAGAUACAACUUUAUUUCAAUUUUCUUGAUCAAAAACCACUCUACGCUACAAGAUGCUAUUUGUUAUCUGUCCUUGUUUACGUAAGGAUAGUAGAGAAUUACUAGCUAUAGAGCUACAGCCCCAGCUAGUGGCUGGUGACGGCCACAGCUUAGACCUGGUUUAUGACCAGCAUUUCAAGCUUGCAUUUACUACAUAAAAUAAGAAUAUACUUUUUCUUUACUUGUUUAAUCCACCUGUAAUUCUAGUGCCCACAGGUGAGGGUAAAAAUAGUUUGUUUAAUUGACUGAAUGUGCAAAUACAUUCACUGACUGUUUGAAAAUGUUUUGCCAUCGUCCACCAUGUUCGUUUAAACACAGAAAAGUCUGGUUACAUGUGGUUAUAUGUGGCUUGGAGAGUUACAAAAAUGCCCAGGAGGCUUGUGUCGGCACUAAACCUUUACUAAAAUGCCUAAUGCUGGUUUUUCCCUUUAAUAAGGAAAGAUGGUGUGAGAUUGUCCAUGUAGAUUCUCAAUCAUCUAGGUCAUAGUUUUCUUGAAGACUCCAGACUUCUUAUGAUUUCAAGAAAAUGGCUUGAGAUUGCUAACUAACUCAGAGUCAUACCCUGGAGUUCUGUGCUGGGCAUGCUUGUUCAGUGAGCUACAGUUAACGCUCAUGCUCAUGCUGCCUUGUUGCACCAUGGUAACUGGUGAUGCAGACUCCAUAUUACAUCAACUAUCCACCAGCCAGUUGUGAAUUUAAGGUAGCAUAUGAAGUAGCAACUGGCAUUCAAUGCACACAUAUAUAAAUACAGACUGUGAGCCUAUAACAAUGAGAGACAAGGCGGGGCUUCUGUUCCCAUGGUGACUUCCACAGUGACCCUCAGAACAACCUUGGCCCCCAGGGAGAUCAUUCAUACUCCUGCUUGCACACACACACACACACACACCCUAAGAGCGUGACUAUGAGUGACUGUGUGUUUCUUGCCUUCUUGCUGCUUCUGCAGGAGAGAGAAAGAAAGAGAGAGAGAGAGAAACGAGGAGGAGAGCGAGGGAGUUGAAGGACAGGCAGAUGAGUGGGAUGGAGAUGGAGAAGCAAAUUUCAAAGACAGAUGGGUGAUGGAAAAAGAUAAAGAAGGAAGGUGUGGAGAGAAGAACACAUUUAAAAUAGGGAGAGUGAAGGAGAGGGAGAGAGGGAGGAAGGGAAUGGGGUGGCGGAGGUUUAAACACUGGCAGAAGAGUCAAGAGUGAAUGCAAUUACAGAGGCAGCACUUUUGGGCUUUUUUUUUCCUGGGCAUUUAAAGUGUACUCACAUUUCAGUUUAAUUACCUUUAAAAUGCUCUGUUGGGAGGGAGGAUCAUGAUAGAGCCACUGUGGUAGAGAUAAAGAGGAGAAGUGGAGGGAUGGAGACCGGAGGGGGAGGGGGAUAUUGCUGCUCAAUGAUCAUGUUAAACAGUCACCACCCGUUCCCCUUCCUCCACCAUCACCACCCCCCUCAGCAUGCUGAUCUCUCUGUGCUCUCUCCUCUUGCAGCUACACCCCUGACAUGCUCACACAUCACGCUCGCGCGCACAGAUGGGUCCCCGUGCAGACACCAGUGCCGUCUGCACACACAGGGACACACGAGCGCGCACGCACAUGAGCCGCUGGUCAGCUGCCCUCAUCCCAAUGAGUGAUUGUAAAAAUCUGCAGCUCAUUCUGAAGAGUAGAGAAGAGGUGAGGGAGGGAGAAACAGGAAGAGGGUGAGGAGACACAGCAGCAGAGGAACAGCUGUUGAGCGGCCUCCUCUUGUUCUGUCUUUUCCACAGUGGAUUCACUGUCAAUAAGCUUUUACAUUUUAAUCAUUAAAACAGCUUUAAAAAAAUGUUAAUUAGGAAACAGUGCAUCAUCUCAUCUAAGACAUGGUCUCCUCUUUUUUAGGGCCCUAACUGUAAAUAGUCUUACUCAGCAUUUAAUAGCUGGACAUCACAACAUCAUUAGACAUGUCAGAAUUAGGCCAGGGAAAAUUAGCCUUCAGGGAUCAUAGAGGCUGUAAACAAGCUCCUGUUUUUCCAGUUAUUUAAAACGAACCACUUUGUAAUGAUAGAGGUGAACACACCCAACAGAACUCUGUUUGCAGUCAUCAAUUUGGAGUUGAUUUUGGCGGCCCCAAAGUCAUAUUAUCUCUGUACUGAUCCUUGUUAGUAAACACAACUAUUCUUUGAGUCUUUAGGAAUUUGUGUGAAACAUUGCUGGGAAAAUAUGUAUGCGGAUCUCCAAGGAUUCAUGCUGUAAACCACCGAUACAACAAAUAAUGUCAUGGCAGUACUCAGUCUUCCUCCUCGUUGUCUGGUUUGCAUUUGUAGUUUACGAAAUCAGCUUUCACGUACGGACCACUGAAAAUGUUAAUGAAAACCACAUACCUCUCCAAGUAGCUUUUUCACACAUGUUCCUCACAGUGUGAAGCCUCCUCCAUCAGACAAGGAGAGUGGUGUAGGAGUGGAAGUAUGACCAUUGACUAUAGAAUAAGUGGACAUACAACUGUGAUGUAGCUGCUUUGUUUCUGAAGCCGUGUUUUAAAGCAUAUCAGCAGCUGUUGCCAUAUUGGAAAUACCGACUCAACCUAAUGAUUUGAUCCAGAUUUCUUGACCACUCCAUUCUACUUUUCCUAUCAAGCUCUGCUGCCGCUCUGGUUCCACAUCUCAGUAUCAUCAGGUUUAUUAAAAUGAAUCAGGGUUAAAAUUUGUACCUCGUCUUAAAAAUGGAAGGGGGAACAUUUCCUUAAAGCUUUGAACAGCUGGUCUGUCUGUCUGCAUGGCCUGCAGCAUACUGCAUAUAUUAUACACCAUUUGUAAAGUCAGGCGGCACACUCCUCAGCGUGGCUUUUACAUUCUCAUCACGUGAGUGUAACUUGCAACACAUACAGUAAUGUUCAAAAGAGCCAGGGGGGAUUUCUCGCUGCAAACCUCAUGCUCUGGUGCCUGCACGAACAUUAUGGGAGUUUAGAUAUAUCAUGAUAAAUUAGAGACCAAAUGUGAUACAAGCACUGACAUUAGGAAAUAUGUUAAAACAUGAUUUUGGAACACGCAAGCUCAAGAAGGUCAUGGUUUACUACAAGUGUUGAUCACAACAUAAGUGCAGCUAAAAAUGGAGCCUUACAAUAGUAAAAAAUGUUCUAUUCCCUGAUAUUUUAGCUCCUCUGCAUCACCACCACCUUCGUAAAUAUCAUGCAGUAUUUGAGCUGAAAAAAAAGUUGGUUCAAGUACAAUAAAGCCAGAACUUUUGAGCGUAAACCACCCACUCGAGGAACAGAAAAGGCGACGGUAAAAUGUCAGUCUGUAAUAGCCCCGUUGCCAUAGUAACUGAAGGCCGGUUUGUACUUUUACACAUGCUGUCUCUUGAGCACUGACCAUUAACGCUAACAGCUAAGCUAUCAUCAGCACUGAGCUUUAAAACACAUUUCCCUCAAUCACCUUUACAUUAAACUAAGGACUCCCAUCCAUCCUCUCAAGCUCUUAAAGGUGCCCUCUGCUGACUUUUCAUUAUCCUCUCUGCGGCUUUUUUUUUUUUUUAUUCCUGCUCCCUCCUACUUACCAAUCUUCUUCAUGAUCUGUCACUUUACAUCCCAGUCUUUUCUUCCACCCUGUACAUCUCUCCUCUGUUUCUCAAGGUUAAAUCAUGCUAGUCUACCACUGAUUUUGUAUGGACUCAUAGACCUUUUGAUAUGCAGAGAGGACAGUUAGAGCUCUUGUUUGUGUUGAUUCUGGCUCCCCCCCGGCACAUGGGCCAAUGAAAGAUUUGUCCUGCUGUUUUUACACCAGAUACACAACCAGUACCGUAACUCUUCGGGACUCUUUGCUGAGGAAAAUGUAAAAAAUAAAAAAAUAAAAAAGCUAACUUAGCAGAAGUAUUAAUUUGUCUCAGUCUUAGGGCCUGCUCUACUGAAGGUUUGCGUGUGCAAAAACUUGAUAGCGCACUAACCACUGAGGUGCACUGAGGAUUGGGUCUAUCAAAUGAGCAAUCCAUGUAGCGUGUUUGCCUUUAUGGAUAUGCAGAUUGUAUGUAGAUCAUCGGACUGUGCAAAAUUCUGGGAGGAUCAGAUGCAAAUGGAAUCAUUUAGCGCUCGCAAUGUGAUUUAUCAAACCCGGAAACCGAUUGCAGUCGCUGUUUUGCGUCUAUAUUUAGUAAGUUUGAAAGGCACGUGCAAACUGGCACAGCGUUACGCACAAAUGGCUGCAGUCUUUGCGGGGAAGGAGGCAAAAGUGCAAAAGCGUUUUUCUAGUAAAUGACGGUUUUGAUAAAUAAUUAGGUCAAACACGGAACAGUCGCUAAAAUUUAUCUCUUUGUCAUAUUGAUUUUAAAUUGUUUGUAUCCCUUUUUAAUUUUUUAAAUAUAUUUUCUUGCAUCUGUAAAGCACUUUGAAUUGCCUUGUGUAUAAAUGGUGCUAUACAAGUAAACUUCCCUUGCCCUUUAUGCAGUUGCUGGCUUCCCCAAAAUGAUAGGUGCAACUCCAUGGCUUCAAAUUUCAUUUUUUGGCUACAACCAAUUCGCUCUUACAAACUCUCCAUGGUGACAGCUGAUAGCGCAGGCAAAAUCCUAGUUUAAAGAGAGGCACUUUUGGGCCUGUUAUCAACUGUGCACGCAAUGAUAGUAGAUAACCUGCAACAAGCUCACAAAUAGCACGUGCAAUUUUUUAGUUUGCACGCGCAAGUUAGCGUUUGCUAUUUGGGAUCUUAGUAGAUCAGGUACUAAGUCUUUAGACAAAAGUCCCUGUUAGUUUUUGUAACAUUUUUUAGUCUUUUUUGCCCCCUACAGUUUCAGUCUAGUUUGGUGUAGUAAACAUCAUAACAUUUUUGAUCAAGAAAUUUCCAUCGAGGCUGAUUCACGUGUAAUUUCAAUCUCUUUAUACUUUCAAACAUUAAAUGCCUUAAUUUCUUUCCUUGGUUGGAUAGUUCAGCUGAAACUCUCCCACAAUACAUUGUCACUGUGCUGUGCCUGCUCAUCUAUGAGUGUAAAAAAAAAAGGUGAUUUCAUGAAAUAUUUACAUCGGCCACUAUGGAUAUGCUUAUUUUCCAACACUUUAAGUAGGCUGUCAGUUCACCAAGCCUUCAGCUGCAGCAUCAUCAUGAUUUAUAAAACAUCUCUCUUAGAAUUUUCUCCAUCAUGUUGCAAAAUUAGAAAAAACAAGGCUUCACAUGGGAUUUUAAAGUUUGCAGAGGCAAGAAGAACGCCUAUAAUUUUAGACCGACACAACCCAAGUAUAGCUGUUGAGGCUGUGCUCGACAGGCAUAGGGAAAAUAAUGAAUAAUAGAAAUGAGAAAGACGCACAGAUGCAGUUACAAUUUGUACCCCAGGCACACUUGUUGCAGAUAAGUGACAAAUCUAACUCUACACCUUCAACUAAAUCAGCCAGUUACAGGAAAGCACUGCUCAAAUCUUGACGGACAGAUUGGACUCUGUGGGAGAAAUAUGGAUUUUGAAAGUCAGGGAGCCCAGCACUUAAAUUUAAAUCUCAUCUCAUGAAUGGAAACUAAACCAACAUCUGUAAGAGUUAUUAUGAUCAGUGAUGUAUUUACUGAUCCCAGUCUCAAUGAGGUUGGGUCGUUGUGUAAAACAUGAAUAAAAAACUGAAUUCAAUGCAUUUGUGAAUCAUUUUUGACCUAUACUCAACUAAAAAUACUACAGAGACAAGAUAUAUAUUAUUAUUAUUUUUUGCAAAUAUUCACUUAUAUUUCUGAAUUUGAUGCCAGCAACGACAUAAAGCAAAGUUAUAAAAUUAACAAAAAAAGUGCAAAGUUGCAUGCUUUUAACAGCUACCUAGACAUGGAUUGUACCAGUUUGCUCAUGACAGGAAAAAAAUGAUGGUUCUUUUACAGCAACAGGCGGCCCAUGCUGCAUGAAAAUCAACAUUCAGUUUAGUGGUUUGAAGAAACACGUGUUUUUCAAGUUUGAGUGGGUAGCUCAGAAGGGAGAUGAGGCCAAAAGAGAGUUAAGUUUGACAUUUAUGGUUUUACAGACAUGUGGGUGCAAGGAACACAACUCCAAGAAGUGGUAUUUUUCUGAUCGCAUUUUUGUGCCUCUCUGGGCACCGUAUUUGGAGAGAAAAGGCAAGACUGUGUUGCAGGCAGUGACCUCCCCAAUGCUCUCAUAACAUUAGUUUUGCCACGGACCAGGCAGAUUUACAUGGACUUACCUGUAAAAACCACUUUAAAUCUGGUUUCAGUGGAACAAUUCUGUGAGCUUAGAGUUACAGUGAAACAGAGCAAGUCAGCAAGCUCUGGAUCUGGUCCUGGUUUGUGAAGCAGAAAAAGUGCUCAAGUGCUUCCCCAGACUGUUAAGUGAUCAAGCGAGUCCCCUAAUCUGCACGCAUCUUCCCCUUUAAGUGCGUUUUACCACAUGCCACAGCUGUGUGAUGAUUUUAUCAGCCAGUAAUGUCUGUUCUUUGACUCUUCUGAGUUGUGUAACUUUGUAAACACCAAAUACACUUUUGAAUAUGCAAAUCAAUCAUUCUGCAAUCUGCGCGUUGAAGCUGCUGUCUUUGCUUGUGGGUGGCUCUGCAGUUCAAAACCGUGUUCACAAAUCUGAGAGGCAUGCUUGUGCUCCCUUAAGACUGAGAACAGACAAAGGAGGCAAAAGUUAAUGAAAAGAGCGCCUAAACAGAGAGACAGAACGGCUACAGGGGAAGAUACAGCAAGGGAGCAGGUGGAGGAAAGCCAAAAGGAGGCGAAGAUGACAAAAAAAAGUGAAUGACAUGACUGGCAGUGUGCCGAGAAUUUUGAUGUGGUUAUAAAAAGAUGAAGGAGAGCAGUAGAGCAGAGCAGGUGCACAGCUGGCUUCACAGAAAGCUUUUAGGGAAGAAAAGCAAAGACAAAAAGACUCUAAAACACAAGCAGCUGCGAGCUAAUUUAGCCUACAGUUCACCACAAACACCUCCUUUUUCAUACGAAUGAACACAUAAAAACAUUUGACGUUGGCUGCGGACAAACACUCUGAGCUAAUUCAGCUGCAAACAACCCUCUGUUUAGCAGGAUGUUAGCAUUAACAGCAGCAGCAGUCGGGGUUAUGUUGCGGUGAGCGCUGAGCUAACCAGGUUAUGCUGCUGUAAUAUGACUUGACCUUCACAACACCACCUCUUGUUUCACUACAUUUAUCCUGGCAUCUGGCCAAAGCGUGUGUGUGUUUUUGCGUGUGUGCCUGGCGAAAGCGCAAGUUCGUAUCCCCUCAGGUAUCGUACGGGGCUUUUAAACGCACACAUUUAGAUUAAAGAUCACAUGAAAUAUCCAUUAUCCAGAAUGAGGACAUUACGGCUGAUCAGGUUAUGUGUCCUUGACUUAGACUCUCACUCAGUCUGCAAACACAACCUAACUCUGCAACCUUAUCUCCUCCAACACAUCUUUUUAUUCCUUAAUUGAAAGAGUAACCAAAGGGGACGGUUUUGCAACAUGAAAAGACUUUCUGUGUGGGCUCUAAAUGAACUCUUGAAAUAUCCAUCAAGGACUGCAGAUAAUUCAGAGUGUUAAUUAAAAAUUAUAAGGUACAGGUUUCCUUUCAGUCCACUAAUGCUACAUUUCUUGUCUCGGCAAAUGUAGGUGUAUUUUUUCCUAUUUGCAGUGAAAGUGUGUUUGACAGCUCACAGACAGUAACACACAGGGGGUGGAGGGGGGUGGCCAUGCAUGAGAACUGUAAACAGCAGGCGGUUGGUGCGCAUAAUAGCAAACAAGAUAGAGUAUGAAAGCCAACAUUACCUGUGAGCUGUGAGGAGACUUCCUGCAGAUACAGGCUAUUUUUCUUUUUCUUUUUUUUUUUUGGAUUGAACAAAAUGGUGUUGAAUCUGGUUUUGAAUGUUAGGGAGGCUGUGACGUUUGCAGACAAACAAAAAAAUGCAUUAGAAGUAUUUCAAUGCCUUUAUGUGUGUGGACUUAGUCUGAAACAGAGAUAACUACUGCAUAUCCAAAUCAAGUAUUUGAAGUGAAUCUGCAGCAUUAACAACCCUUCCCUUAUACAAAUGUUAAAUGUUUAUACCAAAACUCAGAAAGGUGCAAAACCAUGCUAUCAGGGCUGAUAUCAGUUUUUGCAAUGGCUGAUGCCGAUACUGACCGCGGGUUGGCUGAUAUACAAUAGUGAUAUAACACAUCUGUUGUUGCUGUAGUUUGCAUUUGAAAAAUGUACUUUCAUUUCAGGUCCAAAUGAAUAUACUACUGAAUCUUGAGAAAAUAUUCUGUACUUUACUUUGUGGGAAAAAAAGCAACUUUUUAAGUGGGUGUUCUACACAUGUGCUCCUCCUAAGCUUCUCUGCUUGUACUUCGGUUGAUUCCUCAGUAAGGUACUGACAGACAUCUCCUGUGUGUAAAACACUUACUAUUGAUUUGUACCUCAUAUGACCCCUCUUUAAGAAAUUGAACUGUCCUUGUAAAAUGUCAUGUUUUGCAGCAGGAUAAACAUGAUUUUAGCCGAGUACAAAAAACAGCUGCGGUUUUUAUACCUCAUUGGUAGUCAAAACUGUAUAAGGAUACAUUUUUUCAUGGUAGUUUCUAAUGUUUAAAAGCUACGAGUUAUGCAUAAUUAGGCAUAAGUAGGGGCUGAUUUGACUGAUGGUUCAGUUGGAGUGAUUGUGGCCUUUAGAUAUUAAUAAGUGACAUUUUCUUUUUUUUUUAAACCUUUAUUAAACCAAAUUAGUCCCAUUAAGAUCAGGAUCUCAUUUACAAGGGCGGCCUGGCAAGAGCUCAGCAGCACAUAAUAAACACAAAUUCAAGAAGGAUUAAAUCAAUAAAUUACAACCAUUAAAAUAUAUUUAAAAAUCCAACAGUAUUAAAAUGAAAGUGCAACAGUCUUGAGGAUAGAAAGUAUUUAAAUAGGAGUCUUGCUACCUGCAGCUGUAUCCUGUCGGGCUCUGAAGUAGUUUAGCUGGUAGAGCAGGUGCUCCGUGUACAGGUUGUGUAUCUCAGGUUGUCCUUUCAAAUAAAAGAAAAAUACCCAAGAUUUAAUCUUAAAGAGGUUUUACAGAGUCUAUGAAUAAUACAGGAUAUGAUCCCUAUUUAAUCUCAUUUUUAUGAGCUUUCUUGCAGUGUGCACAGAUAUGUACUCACAGUGCACAUUAGACACAUUAUUGGCAGCUUUAGCUGAUGGCAUAUGCAGAAACACAUUUAGCCAAAAAUGAUGCUAUAUAAUGACGCUCACCAGUGCCCGGCUGAAACAUGUCUGUGUGGGGGUGUAAAUCAGUGAAUGCUAACAUGCAGUUUCCGGCGCUCCAGGCAGUUGAGAAACUUUGAAUACUCUGUGUGCUGUGAGAGUAGUACAUCACCAUUUAAAUCCAUGUGAACUACUGUUGCUGAGGGGGGAAAAGCCAAGUAAGAAAAAAGUCUAAAACUGGAAGGAUCUCAUUGUUAAGUGUCAAGGAGCAAAUGUAAUUUAAUGGUGUCUUAUCAAAUUCAGAGCGAGGAAAAGAAAUUCAAUUUAUUUGAGGUCAGUGUAUUACCCUGAACAGAGCAUGUAGCCAGAGGGAAGGCUUAUAUAUGUGUGCGCAUGUGUGUGCCUGCAUGUUUGGCAGCAAUAUAUUAAUCUGUCAUUGGGCCAGAGUCAGCAUGGUGUUAUCUGCUUGCAUGGCUAACAUGGUUGGUGGUUUUUCCCACCAGGAAGUCCUCGUGGAGCUUAGUGUGUCAUAACAAACCACUUUCUCUGUCAGUGCGAUUUCUCGGGCCCGGACUUGACUGACAUUGAACUCAUAAACCAGGAGUGAGCCAGUGGCAGCAGGCAGUAGCUACUACUUUACAGCUAUUACCCAGUGUGGAGCUAAAAUCAAAUAACGUAGACACACCUGCGGUACAUGCACAGUAGUCACGCAGAGAUUUCACCCUGCUAAGGGUAAACAUGCUGAGAUUUGGUUUGUUUCUUGCUUCCAUUAUUGUUCUUUUUAUUAUCCAAUAUAACAAAACAAACUGAGCAGACAGUUUGCAUUAAUAUCUCUUUCUCAGCAGACUGAUAUUCUGUCGGAAGCAGCAGUUUACUUUCACAGGGCCCUUGCCGGCGUCAAGUAAUGGCUCAGCUUUUGUCUGUUGUACUUAUGCAGCACUGAGCAGAAACAGAGCAGUUUGUUGUUAGAGGAAAGUUGCCUGAGAUUUGUGGCGUGUGUGUGAAAUAAAGACUAAAUGUGUGUGUUAAAAAGAGAUCUAGUCAGCAAUGUGAGUUAAAAAUGUCAGAGUAUAAAGCCGACAUAUGAACACAAGCUACAAGCUAACUUCAACCUUACUGCCCUACCUGUACAAUGGACAUGAAAAUACCUUACACCACAACAAACUUUGAGCUAAAAUGGGAACUUGUUGAUGUAAGUACCCAUGGAUUUUCACUUUUUAGUUAAUAGUUUCUGGUUUUGUUGUGAUACGAAGUUACUGUUACCCUUUGUAAUAUAAAUGGAAAUACCUUAGGUCGUGUUCACACCUACAGGUCUGUUUCCUGAUUCGAAUCCAAGGCAAGACGAUACAUCUUCAGAAAACUGGACCGAAAGUCACAUGAACGCAAAUAUCGUUUGGUUAUUAGUCAUUAGUUUAUGCGAGGAUACAAACCCCGCUCUGCUGUCUUCGCCUGUCAUGGAGCAUCGUAGGCUGAUUUUGCUUUUGCUACUCAUCUGGAGCGCGCAUCAAUUGACGCUAGUCGAUCGCGCAUAUGAACUGCUCGUUAGCCAGCGAGCAGGAACUGCGGCAUUAAUUAAUACAUUCCGGAGUAGACGUGGUGUAAACAACAGACGGAUAAAGACGAGAUGGCAACAGGCAUUAAUGAGAGCCUAUCAUGAUAUGUGUGCGGUGCGUUUCCUGUGAUUGGUGUGGAUGACGUUCACACCAGAAAUGAACCGCUCCAGAGUUCACUUGAUAGCGGUCCGAGACCACCUCUUCAGGCGGACCAGAGUUCGAGGUCAGCGUUCACACCGACCCAAACAAACAGCACCAAGGGGGUAAACGCUCCAGGGUUCGGUCUAAACAAGGUGGUGUGAAUGCGCCUUUAGACUACAAGUAUUCUGCUAGCACUACUGUAAAAGAUGAGUUCACCACCUCGACUGAACUUAGUUUCUUUGUUAAAGUUUGUUAUUCUGGUCUGAGAUAGACUCCACUCACUUGUGUUAAAUUGCAGCUUCAGAGUUAUGGAGCUUCACAAUUCAAAAGCUGUAAAAAAAAGGUUAAAUGUUUUGUUUUUAAGCAGCAAACUCUGACUUUCAGUAAAAUUUAAAUUUAAGAAGCAGACAUAGUGAAACAGACGGUACUGUGAUUUCACUGUAAUGGUGCUGUGUUGGUCCAUCUUGAAAAUCAAAGUGCAAAAAUCUGCACUCAGCUUUGUCUCACCGACAGUAUGACCCGUGCAUUUAUACAGAAACUUGUGGAUAUAUAAACCUGUUUUUAUUCAAUAUGAUGUUAAUAUUGCUACCUUACUAUGUGCAUCUAAUGGACUUUGAUGCUCCAAGCUGACUCUCAUAAAUCCUGUGGCACCGAGCCAGCGCUGAGGCUCUGUGGCCGACCACUGGCUGUAGUUUUUGUGCCCUGACUGAUGCCAGCAGUGUUGGCAUCAGUCAGGGCUCAUGAGAGGCUCACUGAGCCUGUUGAAUCAGCAGCAGAGUCAGACGCUGAGAUACUGUACACAUUGCAAAGACAUUGUUGAGGUAAAACGUCUCUGACUCUCACACCUGUUGCAGCCACGGACACCAAAUGUAUCGAGAUUUCUGGUAAAUAUUGCUUCCAUAAGAGUGUACCCUGUAAAAUACAAUAAUGAUUUAAAAGGAUAAAAUCUGCGAAAUUUCAAAACAGCUUUGGCACUUACCCUAUCGAAACCUUUUAGACACCCUGUUUUUUUCUUAUAUUUCCAUGACAACAGCAUAGUGCUCGAAGAGCAUCUUUAUACCACUUGAAUCACUGAGAUUCAAGGCGAAGGACUGCUCUUCGAUCCAUCAACUGUGAAGUUCAAAGGACUGUAAUGUCUGCCGGCCAACUUCAGCUCCUGCUGCUGCAAAGAUUAUAGCCUGUCACACACAGGCUAGUGGUAUUAUUUGCACAGUGGAGGGCAGAGCAUAGUGUGGCAGAGGGGAGGAGCAGGAAGUGCAGUGGCAGACUGACACAGUGUGAUUAAGUGCAAUUAUUUUGACAUGAUUUGAAAGUGAAAGCUCAUUUUUGGUAGCUGUUCAGGGAAAACUGUGUGCUGAUAGACUGACAAGUGGUUUCAAUAAUUUUUGGCAGAUUUUAUCUACAGUUUAAAAUUAACUUAUUUAGAAAAACAGGCGUUACUGUCAUUGUUUAUUCAUAGAUCAAGAGGAGAUCCUUAAAGAAAUAGUUAGAUAAAUGACAUUUUAGUGCUCCUGAAUGCAGGUGACGGUUACUGCAGCUGCCAUAUAAUUUAUGUAAGCUGGAGAACAUUCAUCAUAAAAGAGAUUAAUGCUACACAGUCAAAGGAAACUACCACUUUGGAAGAACUGCUGUGGUUAACAAAGAGGAUCAAAUUACAUUUAGAUAUCCCCCAAAUGUGUCUCAUUGUCCGAACCAUUACAGAGCAAAAUGGCUCUUUGAAUGCUGUGAACAAAUUUAAAACAAAUUUGAUUAAAGUGCAAACGUCUGCACAACCUGCUGUUGCAAAAGCUGUUUUAGGAAGUUUUAUUGCAGUUUGUUUUAGUUUUAAGCCUCAAACAAGGUAGACAAUGCACGUCCUCCCUCUCUUUCUCUAUCUCCCCAAAUUCCACUCUGUCCUAUCAUUAAAAGGCAAAAAUCGCCUAAAAAAAUAACAAUAAAAAAAAAAAACAAAAGGCAGAAAAAAAGGAGGGGAAAUAGUCAACUGGCUUGGUCUUUUAAAACCUUUUAAUCUUUAACAAUUUGUCACAGAAAAGGUUUUUUAGUAGAAACGGAUGAGUUGGGGCUGAGGUGGUCUGGACAGUCAAAAACUGCAGGGGUUGAAAUAUUGAGUUGGGGCAGGUUUCUCAGGGAUUUUUUAGGUUUAGGAGUGAGGGGGUCAGGCAGGCUUAUACAUAUGCAAAGGUAAUUGCAAGUGAAUCUGCUCUGUUGCCACCACUGCAUGCAAAACGCAUCUAAAGUUACAGCAGUGCUUCCUACAUCAGCAUGCAAUCUGAACUGAAUGACUAAGCAAGGUCAUGCAGAUGGAUGAGGGACAUUUAGCGAGCUGUAUAAUUAAAUGAAGGGACCCCCCGGUCACCAUUAUGUGUUUUUCUGUCUUUUUGCUGAGAUAGGCACACUUGCCAGGAGACUUUUUUAUUAAACAUCAUUCAUGGGAGGCAUUAAUUACAGAAAUGUUGCCCUCUUAGUGCAAGAACAUGAGAGAUAAAAUCUAUUCAUGGUUUCCAGUUAUCUCUGCACUCCAAAACUGAAAUCUGUCUUGUCUUCAUCCACAGCUCUAAAUCUCCCUCAUAUCUCUCUCUCUUUCUCUGACAGCCUUUGGGAUUUCCUGGGAAAGGUCAGACUUGGGGUUAGCUAAGCUGCUAAAUAUGUUCCAGUAGAUGGAUGAGGAUAGAGAGGCUUACCUGAGGCUACCUCUGUGUUGUCAUUUUUUUCUGAGAGACAGUGGCAGGGACACAAAGAAACGGUGGGAAAACAAAUUUCGGUGUGCAUGGUGAAAUUUGAUGCUGCAGUCAGGGUCGGAGCAGUUUGACAGGUUAAUAUUAUGAUAAGGCUUAAGGAGGAAUUUGUGAGCUGAUUUCAGCGUGUGUACCUAAGACUAGCUGCACUGAAGAGGAGGGUCUGUGACGGUUUUGUGGGUCUACGUUGCUGCAUGCAUGCGAGGCUUAAUGCAGAUUAAAAACCACGAAAAUAAACACUAAGUCAAAGCAAUGAUACACCAUCGGAUCACAGCUAAAGCUCACUUUCUAAUUCAUCUUCUGCAUCAUGUAAAUGUUUAGUGAAGUCAUUUCCUCCUUCCUUGGGUACAUUUACACAUGCACAUCGGCUUCCAUUUCGUUUACAUUAUAAUCUGUGUGAGCACGUUAACAUUUCUUGUGUUCUCAGUUGCACAUUUGUAACGAUAAUUUUCCCUCAUUGAUGAGUGCAGAUUGAUGAUAUAAUAACGGAGAUUACCAGAGGAAAUCUGAAAAGAAACAGUUCAAACAUCCGUUACUAUUAUGAACCGAUCGAUCAGUUGGUUGUCUAGUUGAUUGGACAAUCAGUUACCAUGGCUACCACUUGUCCUAUCCUUGAUCUCAGAGCUUCAGCGUGAUGAACAGGUCACUUAAGAUGAUGAGUUUCAUUAUUUUACAUUUACAGGACAUAAUGUGUUGUGUAGUUUGAUAAAUUGAUAUGAGUUUAGUAUAUGUUUACAUUUGUAUACCAUGUGUCAUCACUAUUGGUGCACAGAGUCUGUCUUCUAAGAGGUAGGGAUGCACAAGAUAUGUAAGGAAAAUGCAUAAUGAUUCAUUAGGUAUGCAAAUUAGAAUCCGGACAGGGUGAGACUAGACCUGAUGUGAAGAUUUCACCUAGCAGUGUAUUACGAACUGACUCUUGUUGCCGAUGCUUUGCAGAUAUAUCCCUAACUGCACUGUGUGAUUUGAUCUUCACAUUUUUACAGUCUGACACUGACAUGAUCAGAGUUUUACAACAGCAAUUUCGUCUUGUCUAUGUGUACAAACAGAAGUGGCUUUUGUAAGAGCUGGUAAAGAUAUGUAUGAGCCGUAUGCUCACAGAAUCUUUGCAUUUCUUAUCCUCAGCUGUGCAAUAACUACACAGCAAAAAAAGCACAAAAGUAAAUAAAUAAAUAAAUAAUGGGACUAUUCCUUUAAAGCUGCAAAGCUGCAUUCACAGGAAUGUCACAGCAGGACAAGUUGAGCUCUGAAGAAACAAUAAUGAGAUGAACAAAUAGGAUCACAGUGAUGCUUCUUUACUUUCAUGAUGGUGCAUAUAUUUCGUGUAAUACACAUCAGUAAGUAAUGGUGGAUGGGAUGAAAAGUGCAUAAUGUGAAUUUAAAUUCUUUUUAAUUUCCUCUGAUUUGAUAACACACACUGUGGGAGGGAGCUAUUCAGGCUGUCAAACUUUUGGCAAGUUUAAUUCUUUGCGAUUGCACAGUUCAUUAAAAAGUAGACAAAGACAAAUUGAGUGGAAAAAGCUGUCAUGUAGAGAAUCAUCAAGCAUCCCACUGAGCAUUAACUGGACUUGUAAUGUUUAAAUUCAGUUAAAAAAUGUAAAUUUGAGUCAAAAUGUUCUAUCAUUUUUCAGCCAACUAAAAUUACUACAUCAAUGUGCAAGAGAGCACAUUUCUCUCAUAAUGUGGAAGACAGAAAGGGUAAUGGUGACAGUAUUUCUUCAAAGUAAUUUCUCAGUGGUAGUUUAAAUCCUCUAUAUGCUAAGAAGUACUUUAAGAGCAUUUUAUUUUUAAUGCAAAAUCUUUCAUCUAGUGCUUCAUGGUUGGUUUAAUUUUAACAAGAAACUUCUGACAUAUUAAAGGGAGCAGUUUGAUUUCUUACAGAGGAGGAACUAAGACAGCUAGCUUACAAUAGCAUCUGCAGCAAAUUGACGUACCUUGGUUGUGAGCAGCUGCACAAAAAUCACUGUUGUAUAUGUGUGAAUAUGGGAUCAUUCUUGUGAAAGAAACAGAUUUCAAGUUAAAUCUCAGUUAAACAUACUAUCAACAUACCGCUAUCUCCACUUUGCUCACAAAGACAUUUUACGUUUUCAUGUUUUAAGGAACAAAUAUCAAUCUGCAAUGUUAGAUGUCUAAACUGAAUGCAUUAAAUGAGGACAAAGUUUCCAAUUGUUAGGUAUACAUGAGUUGGAGUAAUUCAAGGAUGAGACUGAAGGCAGCUCUGAUCAGCUCUGAAACAUGAACCACCUGCUCUGUGCUUGUUGUUUCCUUUUAAACUUUCCAGACCACAUUCAGAGUUGAAAUUGAGUACCUAUAUUUUGUAAUUUUACAUUUCAAAUAAAGGUUCAUUGGUUAACUCAAUGACAUUGACUUUGUCGCCUGGUAACAGUGUGAGAAGCUUCUGGAGAGUUGGCCUGUCACAAGCAGGUGGGUUCAAAAGGACGGGGGGCUUUAAGUGACAGUAGCUUCAAUGAGGUCACUCAGACAGAAGAUGAAAAGAGAGUUUUUAAAAACACCAGCUGUAAAUAAAGAAUUUUCAGCUCUUGUGAGCUCUUGUGGAGGUCUUAAAGGGACAAUAUUAAGCCUGAAAUGAUCAUAUUAGUCUCUCUUUAAACAAGCUUACAGGAUCUUAUUAAACUGACUGCAACUCGUCUAUGUUAACUCAGGUAACAGAGAAGUAAAAACAGGGAAUCAGGGUUAAACAAUCGUGUGUCUCAUUGUUUUGAGACUGGAACACUCAAAUAAGAAGUAACAGAAUUCUGUUUCAUCUCUAACCCGGGAUUUCCACCGCAUUCGGAAUGGCUCCGAUCUGGAAUGGCAGCGAUUUUCGCCGUACACCAGUUCCUACCGGAUUUGUUUGUGAGGAGAAUUUCGUGGCAGAUUACAAACUGCAGGAAUCGCAAGAACUCACAAGAACCCGCGGAUUCACAUGCAAUCGCAAGAUAACAAGUUGUCUUUAGCCACAUAGGCUAACCAUAUAAGCAGUAGAUUGUGUCCUUCCAGAGGAGGAAAUAUACUUCUAGUUUAUUGAAUCAGCAUCCUCUCAUCUAUGGUGUCACUGGGAUGAAAUGCUGUCUACAAACCUUUCACUUGUUUGUCCCGCCUGUUUGCGUGGUGGGAAAUUUGAUCUGCCUGAAACACGGAGUGUUUUAUUUUGAAAAGAAGCCGGAUGUUUGUUUUGUGUUUGUCCCCGACUUCCUUUCCAGCACAGGUUAAACUGUGCUGAAUUUGUCCGGCAUGCUCCAGCGUCCGGACAAAAUAGAACUCUUGCGAUCAGCUACGAUCGUCAGAUACGGCCUUUUCAUAGCCGUUCCAGAUGCGACUUGUUUCACAUGCUGUUGUGUCACUGAGUGUAAAAAAACCCAAACGUUGAAGAGGCAUCUGUAUUCUCAUUCAGUUUAGAGCAAUAAAUCAAAGGAUAGCCUCUCAAACUGUGAACAUUUCCCCUAAAAGCUGCACAGCUGCAUUAAAAGUGUGACACAGCAGGUCAGGGUGAGCUCCAAGAAAGAGUAAUGAGGUGAACAAAUGGGAUCACCGUGGUGCUCUACCAUUUACUUGCUAGUGCAUAUAUUGUGCAACACACCUCAGUAAAUGAUGGCAAAUGAGACGGCUGUUGCAUAAUGAAAAUCUGAUUUAUUUUUAAUAUCCUAGAAUAAGAUUAUUCGCUCUGUAGCUGGAAGUUAUGUAGGUAGAGAGAUAACUGAGAAUAGUCUUUGAUUGCUCAGUUAAUUGAGAGUCAACAAAGACAUAUUGAAGACAAACAGAGGUAAUCAAACUGGUUUUGUGAAACUUGUUGAGGCACAGGUCGUUGUGUCUUUCUUUUAUUAAUGAUGAUUUAAUAAUCCUCGCUCUGUUACGAAGGCAGUUGAAUAGCAUGGGAGCAAUUUUGGGGCAUAGAAAAAUGAGCACUGUUUAGACCUCUUCCACCAAACGUCUAAUAAAUUUCAGGGCUUUUUGGCUUUUGUGAUUCCUCCAGAGGACCCUGUAUGUGUGUAUGCUCUGUGUCUUUGUAUAUGGCUGCAAAUAUACGACUGAAAUCCCCUUUUGACAGGGACAGCUGUAAUGGAGCUCUUUCCAUUGUUCUCAGGGCAUGUUAUUGUCUCUUGUGUAUUUCUCGAACCAGCCACCUCCUGUGUGCUUGUACCCCAUUCAGCUGAGAGCCUGUCAACAGCCAUUAUUCCAAGCAAGACCUCUGCUGUGAUCCCUGCCAUGUUUCAUCAAAGCGUGGCAAUUUAUUCCAAAGCCCACUGUCUGAGCAUGUUAGCUACUACUAAAAUUAUUGCAUGUGAGUGUUUGUGUGUUUGUGUGUGUGUGUGCGUGUGUGUAUGCCUGCUAUCUGUCUUUUCCCCCCCUAACCUCUUGUCAUUCCUGAGGAGGAAUACCAGCCGAAAGAAGCUGAGCCAACAAGUUUGCCUUUCCCUGGUGCUAUUUCACAAUGGAGUCAGGGUUGCAUGUUUGUGUAUGUGUGCAGUUAAAUAAUUAACACUGUCCGUCGCCUUGCUGCAGCUCAUUCCUCACACACUAUUCUGAUUAAAGGAGCUGGUGGAGAUGCACACCGCCUGCUGACUCUGUAUAGUGACUAAUGCAUGUACAUGAUAGUGUGUGUGUACUUGUUAUUGACUCAGGACUGGAGUAUGUUUACAUUUGUGUGUAUGCAGGAUAAUGACUUAUCCUGCAUUAUUUGUGUUUGGUUUUUGCAAACAUCUUUCAUAUGCUUAUGAGUUUUUUUCAAGUGAGUAAAGCGAAGGCCUUUUUGAGUUUAUAUUGGCGAUAAUAAUGAAUAGGUGGUUAUGCAAGCUAGAAACCCAAAAGGGGUUUUGCCGUUUGAGGUAUAGCCUCCAUAUAGGAGAGAGUGGGGUAAGUUGAGCCACCCCCUGUUUCUUGGAAAUGGUAAAAGAAAUUGAUCAUGUGACCAAAUACUUAGGAGACUGGCAUCAAUUCAUGGAGUCUGUGAAGGUUAGAAGCACAUGGGUGAAGGGGUUAGAGAUUUAUUUCCAAAUAAAACAUUUUUUUACGCUUGAAAGUGAGUUUAGUCUGUCAUACGUUUUAUGAAAAUUGUGUUCAGACCAAAAAAGAUCAUUUUAAAUUUGUUUUAUACAUCAAUUGUAGUAUCUUUGAGCUACAUCAUGAGGUCAAAAAUCUAGCAUAAAAGUCCACCAUUUUAGCUUAGAGGACUAAUAAAGUAAUAAUAGUAGUUCAGCGGUAAGUUGAUCCAUUUGGCCAGGGGUUAACUGAGCAAGUGUAAAAUGGCUUUUUACACAACAGCUUUUCAGCAGUUAUAUGCAAUAAUAAUGAAGAGAAUCAUUGUACCAGUUGAAUUGUGUAUAAUAGAUAAAAAUACACAUGAAUGUGAAGAAGUGACUGUUAUUUAGGGAGAGAGAACGUGAGGGAGGGCUGGGGUGCCCCGCUCCUAUGGUCAACUUACCCCACUUUAGAGCUCCUAUGGUCAACUUACCCCAUACACAGGGUGUGUUGACCAUAGGAGACCACUUUUUUUGGCAUGCUAUAUUAUCAAGACAGUUAUGUUUACACUCAUUCUGUUGGUUUGCAGGGAUGCACAACAUCUUGAAAUAUACGCAGAUACACUAGUUAGAGACAAAACUAUGAUUGUCUUGAUAUAGUGAUUAGAAAUAUGAAAAAUGGCUCAUCUUACCCCACUUUCCCUGGUGUGGUGUGGAUAGACUGUUUGGUCAUUGGUGCCCCAGACAUACGAAACAGACUAAAUAGUUACUACUAAGGGAAACAGAAGUUCCAUGGUAUAACUUUCAGAAUCCAGAAAAAGUAAGCGCCAGCAAGAAAUACCCUUAGAGGCCGGGGGUCUGCCAACGCAAAAAUGUUGAUAGUGGACACAGGCCCCAAAUACUCUCUUGUCAGACUUGUUUGGAUUCACAUACCAUGAAUCAUAUCAGCAAUAUACUGGCUCUUAACUUUGACAGAGUAAUAUUAAGAAGUAUGACUUAUCUAAAUCACAAAGUAGACCUGGGGGUCUUCUGUAUAUCUGUAACACACACCUUUUCUAUCCCUUUAUAAUUUGACCUCAAGGGUGCAUUUAGAGUAUUACACUGCAGCUGCCCACUGUACUUUCCGGUAUCUCAUAAAAGGACCUUUUAGAAACAAUAACUGAGAGGAAACAAUGACAUGAAGUGAGUUAGCAAGCAUACCCGUGAGCGCAAAAUGGAGUUUGAACAAUAAAAAAACAGGGUGAAAUCGGGUUAGAACAUCUAAAAGAUCACAUGAACCCGCUUUAAAACCAAAACAAUGACAGAGAGAUGCUAACGCACCGCUCUGGGCUAAGGGGAACUGCAGAGUUGCGUAACAAUUCUCUGUGGGUUUGUCAUCAUGAAUGACCCUUUUCAUGCAACACAUUGUCAUCAGUCCCUUCAUGAGCAUAAAUAUAUUGAUUGUUGUAGCUCUUUCUUAUAAGUCUGCUGUGCGUAACACCAGCUUCAUCUCAAUGUCAGACACACCCAGGAGACUCAAACUUUUAUUUGUCUUUUCUCGAUGUUGAAAAUGUCACAAAACCGAGCACAUUUCCCUGCUCGGUUUAACUCACGGCCUUCAAGGCCAAAACAGUCUCUUCUUGUUUUCCCAUCAUAUUGAUUUGGUUGGUGGACUGUGUGGCCCGCAGAUUGGAUUAGUGUCCAGUUGUAUUCCAGCCCGAGGGAGAGUGGUUGUGAUGUGUUUGUAGACAGGGCAGAUAGUACACCGUAGAGACAGUAUGAUCCAUUCUAAAUGGAUAGAGCGUUUCUGGAGAGAUGUAUCAAAAUACAAGCUAAUGUGGUUUGGACCAGGCUUGCCAUGUAAGAAUUCCACAAAGGUGACACAGGGUUAGGAGGUCAUGGCUGUCACUUACAUGCUUAAUGGUGUACAGUCUUACAGUGACGUGUCAGCUAACUGAUGGAGAGCUUUGUUAGCAGGAUGUAGAACUAGAAACUGCAACAGAUCAAUCCAAAUCUUAUUCUGGUAAAGCAGGAAACAGCAUGACAGUUCUUUUACAUUUAUGUCAGGUUGUUCCAUUUUUACUGUCACUCAUGAGGCAGUCUGCGUAUUUAUUCUAAAUAUUUUUGUUUAUGGGUGUGUCCACGUCACAGUUGAGUUAGAUCUUGACAACAUGAGCCUGUGCUGCUGUGUGCUUGCAGCUGAUAAUGGCUUGCACCAUUGAGUCAUAGCUUAGCAACAAGCCUGCUGGCCUAUUUUUGGUUGCAGGCAAUUAUCCACAAUGCAGUGUGAUGGUGUAGUGCUACGACACUUCCAGAUUGUGGAUGUAAUGAAGGGAGAAGAGGUCUGCAGCCACAUCUGCCUAGUGUCUGCAGGGUUUUCCUAAUUUCGUAAUGGGAAUGUAACCGAAACAGUGAACUUAGUGACAACUUUUGCCCUUUCAAAGAUACUGAAAUAGAAGUCUUUUACAUAUCAUUGAAGGUAAAAUGAGAUAAAAGAGGAAAAAAGAUAACAGUUGUCAGGGGAGUAAAGCCAAAAUGUUCUGUCUCAAGUUGGUCUUGAGAGGAAUAAUGACAGUAAUGAGGCCCAGAUGUGAGAGCAGCCUCAACCAUCACUGAUCCUGUAAUCCUCCUCUCACAUUGGCUUCAGGCUUUAAAAGUUACAACAUAAAAAUAGUUAAUCUUGUUGCUGAUGGUGUCAUUUGCUUGUGGAUUAAAAAAAAGACAGCAGUUUGAUUUUUGUCCUUUUCAUAAACAUAAAAAAUUAGCAGCAUGUAAUAUAGAUUCUCAAAAUUAUUAUCAUUCCUAUUCGUUUUCCACUACAGGAGUAAGACUUUGUACAGAUAUUUUUCCAAUAAUGACUGUAAUUUGUAAUCCUGCCUUAUCUUGUCUUUAUCUCACACAUAGUGGAUUUGUCAGAUUUGCAAAUUCUCAACUUGUGGCUAUAAAACAACGAAAAGUAUAUUUGUUUCAUCAAUUUCUUAGCAAUAGAUAUACAGUAUAUUUUUGCCCUUUUUUUAUUAUUGUAUUUAAUAUUUUGCAGAAUUCAAAAAGUAACAGUAACCUACAGUAAGGCUAAAACCUGGUUUGCGUGCCCUGCCCUUACAUUGUGUCAAUACAAGAGCCAUUUCCAGGAAUAACUUUUGCAGACCUUUGCUAUGUUGAAUGUAAUCCAUUGAGGUUAGGUCAGCUGUGACUUUACACUGAAUUUGGGGUAGAGAUAAAUCUGAACUGCUCUUGUGUUGUCGUUGUUGUUGUUGUUUAAGAUUGAGGGCUUGUUCAUGAAGAAAAAAAAACACACUGACUGCUGCAGGUAUCAAACCUGUAACCCAAAGCCUGCAACAGCCUAAAAUACUUCAGUUUUAACAGGGGUGGAUUGGGUAUACAAAGGAUAUAUUUUUAACAAUUUAAAUGUUUGUGAUUAAUGUACAUCACCUCAGGGAGUAAAAUGAAAUUUUUAAGCCUCCAGGAUCGAGGCUUCUUCCGGUAAUCCAGCUGCUGUAGAGACUGAAAAGAACUAAUUAAAGGGAGGCAUCGAUCUCAUAAAACCCAGAAUGAGGUCAGCUUAGUCUGAAGUAAAUCUCAUUGCUGCAAAAUGAUGUUCAACUCAAAUCAUUUCUGUCUGCAUGUGAAGAUUGUUUUUGUAUUAAUACCUUGUGCAACUGGCUACGACUAUAUUGUGUUGAUAAGGAAGAAAAGAUGAUGGUAGGAUUCUCUUUAUGGUUGACCAUCAUGUAUUUCACAAGUAUACAAAGUAAAACACAGCUUCCACUAAGGUUCUACUAUUUCAGUGAAAUUAGAGCAUGAAAAGGGUGUUAGAAUGGGCUGUAUAGAAAGACAGACGGGACAGCAGCUCCCUGAAAGUGAGGCCAAAACAUUUAAAGCUCCUCCUGUCACUGAAGCUUGUCAUCUUUGUUGUUACAGAUGAAACGCAAGUCAAACUAUAAAAUUAAAUAAAAGUCAAAGUAAUGUGUCAUACAUAUGCCUUGGUGUCAAUAAUGGCAUGUUGAGAAAGGCAUAUGUUUUGAGUUAUUACAUUAAUGGGUUUACAGGACUUAAUAUAGCCACUACACCCUGGUGAAUUUGGUGUAAUUUUUCAAAAGCAAUGAAAAAUAAAAUACACAUGUUAACCUUUUAUACCUGUUUGAUAAUAUCAAUCAAAUACUUUUUUCAGGGUUUGAUGGAACCAAAGUUACACAACCAGGAUUGAGUCACAGUUGAUACAGUUGAUAUUAGAAUUGUGAAAAAGAAAGAGAGAAAGUAAAUAAUCAGGUUGAAGAAAGAAAAUUACUGUGAAUCACAGCAAAUGUUGAUUCUACUUCACAAGAUUUGUAUAAUCCCAGAGCACAGGGGCCGACAUCUGCAUUUAUGUUCAUUUUUGAGCUUUGAUUAUAGGUCAAAGGUCAUCCUCCAGCCCUCCUGCUGGAUGUUUCCCACUGAUUGAUAAUAUAAAGGUCAUUCGCUUUACCUGCUCUCAUUUCAUUUUAUCACUGUGGUUAUGUAUUUUUCCUUACUUUUUCCUUUUUUGAUCAAAAUUUCCAUCCUUUUUGCUGCCGUUCUUUGUGUCUAGACUUUGAACGCUUUGGUGAUUUGGUGAUGAAUCUAGUUAAGAAAGCGUUGCUCUCAGAAUUUAGUUUUACAGUGACUUUGAAAACCCUGACCGAGGAUUUCUUUUAAGCUGUUUUGUUUUUUUAAAGCUAUGAACAAAAGUCUCUGGGAUUAUGUAUUCAUGAGUCCUGGUGCAUUCAUAAAAAAUGGUUUACUGUGAAGAAUUUCGAUCACAAAAUCUCACCACAAUUCCUUCACCCUCGACUUUUCUUCAUUUACGUAGUCUCUCUCUUUAUUUUACACAUUUCUCCGCACCUCUCGCACCUUCUCCUUUACCCCCUCCAUCAUUUUAUUCUCCUCUUUCAUAUCCAUUCAUCACAGCCCAUUCUCUGCCUGUUACCCAGCUCAUCUUGACCUCCUUCUCCCACUCGCUCCAUAUCAAUUCACCGCUCACUCCGUCUUUGUUUCUCUCACCUGUUCAGUCACUUCAGCUCUGCUCACUCCCACCAUCCAUUUAUCUCUCCACACUUCUGUCCUUUCCUCUGCUGUCUGCUCUCUCUCUUUCACUCUCACUUCUUUUAUUUUUUAUAUGUGUUCAAGCCCGUGAUCCUGUCUAUAUUAUGAGCAGCACUUGUAGGAUGAUUCCAUUACAUGUCUCCUAACUGUGGGAUAAUUCAAUAAGGACCAGUGAGAUGACACACAGUUAUAAUCUACUUAAUGAAACCACUGUGCUGAUGAAUUAUGCGCUUUCUCCUCUGCUGUUUCUUCUUUGACUCACCCCCUACCCCUCCUCUACUCUACUUUUCCCCCACUUCUACUCACUCUCUCUUCCUCUCCUCUCACUCUCUGCAGGGUGUUGAUGGAGAGCCUUUCGAAUGACAGCCGGGACAGUGGUCAUCACUGGUGGAAUUCUUGCUACAGUUAUAUUACUCCUUAUCAUCGCUGUACUGUGCUACUGUAGGCUGCAGGUAAAGACACAGCUGCCUUCAGUCCCUGUCAUAUUCCUUCUAUUUUCGCCCGAGAUUUACACAACUUCCAGUAAUAGAUGUCCCCAAGUUGCACACUCUGUCACCCUCCUUCACCCAAGAAAGUACAAAACAAUAUGUUCUGAGAGAAAUAUUUGGUCUUUAUACACAGGUAAGAGAAAGUUUAUCAAUGCAUUUUUUCAUGAAGUACCAAAUAACAGCAAAUUUGAUAGUUUGUUAAGAAGAUUGAUGCGUUUUAUCUUUUAUUUAACCAGGUCAAGAACCACUUUCCUGUUUUAGUAUGUGAUGGGCACAGGUUAUGCAAUGGUUAUGCCAUUUUUUGGCUACAAACAUUAACUUCCUCAAGUUUUUCUAGGUUGCCUGGCAACUGCCCAAAGCUGCAAAACAUUUAAACUCAUACACCAAUCUUAAAAUGGCACAGUGUCAUUCUAAAGCAAUCUUGUUAGAGCCCGAUAUGUAACAAUGACCCAAAAUGUAAAAAAAAAAAAAAAAAUGUGAUUAAGCAAAAAAUGUAAAAAUUUGUCAAUAAUGUAACAAAAGGGUUUAGCCGAAAUGUAAUUCAAAAAAUGUUAUAAAAUCCACAAUGUAUAACUGACCCAAAAUGUAACAAGUCGCUACAUUUUGGGCAAAAAGAUAUUACGUUUUGGGCUCUUGUUACACAAUCGACCAGUUAUUACAUUUUUUAUUGUAUUUUAUUUAUUAUUACAUUAUGGGUCAUUGUUACAUAUCAGGCUCAACAAGCAUUUUCCAAGCCAAAGAGUUGGGACCCAAAAUGGGUUGCCAGACAGUUUUUUAUUGGGUACCCUACUGGCCUAAUUAAGAAUGACCUUAGAAAACCCUCUGUGGAAAGGUGUAUCUUGCUAAAAGCACUUUGUGCAGUGCAUCCUGGAGUAAUGCAUGGUUAAAUGUUUCAGCACCAACGUCACUGUGUGUCCAUUUUAAUUAAACAUCUUUUUUUAAUCCAAUUCAUUUCUGCUUUCUCUGUGUUCAGCUCAGAUACGGAGUGAAAUACCUCUCAGUUGGGUAGAUUUAAAAGUUGGAGUCAAAAAAUUGUCCCUUUGCAAAGAUGAAAAUUCAAGAAAUGCUUAUAAGAUAAUUUGAAACUAGAAGGGUAAUAUUGAAAUAAUGUUUUUGUGAAUUUUUAGUUUUGAGUGUCACUGUUUAGAUGGUUACUGGUAACAAAAACACAAUGUCAGUGAAAGUAAAUGAUUGGCCUGGGUCACACAUCUCAGUCCAAAUCUAACACAAGUCCAAACCUGAACCAGAGAGCCAGCCCUUGUUAUGUUUGAACCUGACCAAAGCUCCUUGAAAACCACAGCAAUGAGUUAAUAUUACAAUAUUUUGUUCAGCUGUAUGUAAACUGUUUAAACAAAAAUAAUUUUGGUCCUUUGAAAACACCAACUUUUAUCUUAGGGUCUUUAACUGAAAAAGUUUGGCCCCACUUUUGUGAGAUCUUUGGCCUCAGAGGUGCUGAUAGGUUAAUGAUGGUCUUGUCUGAGGGCCAAGCUUAACUCACGUUUCUUGAUGUCGGCUUAUGUUUACAUAAAGACAUGGAAGCUGUAUAAAUCUUUUCAUCUAAGCCUUGGCAAGAAAUCAAACAACAGAUUUCCCAAAAUGGCAAACUUUUGCUUUGAUUUAUCCACUUUUUACUCUGGAGCUUUAUCUUGUUUAGCUGUACAAACUGUGACUGUAACAAGAUGAUAGAAGAUCUAAAUGCCCUCAGAGUGAACUCUAGUUAUCAUGAUGCAUUACACCCACUCAGAUUAAAAUGGUCUGAAACAACAAUGUGACUGAGAAGCUGUACUAACAGACUCCAUCCUAAGUCCCUUUGCAUAUAAAAACUUUGAUAUUUCGAAGCAUUUUCACACCUUGAGGAUUGGGUUGUUUUUUCAUUACUGUACAUGGAAUCAAAUCCUCAUGAUUAAAAUUUCUAAUAGACAUCAGAGAGAAACUAAAUCUUGUUAUCGUUGCUUCUCAUUUGAACAUCUGUGAAUGAGUCAUUCAUUUUGCUUUAAUACACACAAGAUUUGGGUCCCAACAGCUCAGUCUAGGGACAUGAAAAAUACAUAUUUUUCAUCAAAUUUUUAUCAAAGAUUUCCAAGCUUUGGUUUCAAAAGCUCAUUAUUUUUGUAGAGUUUGCUCCAGACACUCAAAUUUAUUUCCCAGGAAAUGUUAGCAGAACAGCCUGGAAGAUAAUGCGGAUGUAACAGUUUCUUAAAGGUACAGUAGCAAGAUUCUCUUUUCUGUUAAAUACAUGGCAGAUGGAUGGCCCCCAAACAUCAUGUAUUCAGUGAUUCAACAGCCUGCACAUAGUUUGUAUGAGAAAAAAGAGAAGAUGGGUUGAAGAACCAAAAUAAAUGGCUGAAAAUUGAUGAGUACUGUAUAAUGGGAGGUUAAGUAUUGUUUUGGGGAGCAGGCCUUGAUACGUUUUCACAUUCCAUGGAGUCAGUUGUGUUUAAUUUUAUGAAAAAGGGUCUAAAGGAGUUAGAAAUACACCAGAAUUUAAGUAGGAAACUGCAAAACCAUUUAACGUCAGCUCAUCCAAAUUGUUUGUGCUUGGGAAUAAAACUUAAAGUUCCUGUGAGGAGUUUAUUUCCCAUUUGUGAAAUAUACUGAAUUAAUAUUGAUGCUUAUUCAUGAUACUCAAAAUCAAAUCAGACCAUAAGUUAACAGAUUGAAGAUUUUUAUAUCCUUAUUUUUUAUGCCUGAAACUGGUGUGAAGGGGUAGGUGUCGGCCUUUCAGCAGAAGAAAGAGCCCUGGUUUUUGUCAAUUCCUCUGUAAAAAAAAAUAAUAUAAAUAUAUCUGACUGCUAGAAAUCAGCAGGAUGAUAUUUUGACUACUAUAAAUAGAAUGUAAAGAAUACAAAGGAUAAGAUGAUCAAGCCUGCUUUGUACACAGGGGGGCGCCAAAAUUAAUACAAAUGGAAAGUUCCUUUUGAGAACUUUAAAUUUACUUGGUGUUAGACCCAAUGUUAAGAAUAGACCCUUGAAUAAAAGUGAAGCUCUGUGAGUGGUUGAAACUCCAGACUGUAUCAAAGCUUGAAUAGUCCAAUUGAGUGAGGCCAUAACUGUUCGAAUUCCCCCUAGUGACUGACUGCAGUGUAGGUCUUUUCAUUAUAACAAAUGGAACAUGGGUCAAAUAUUCUUGUUAUCCAUCAUCCAAAUUAAUAGUUGAUUGUUGAGAUAAUUACCACUUAUAAAGUAACUUGGGGAAAACCAUUGUGCUUGAUGUAAAGUCCAUUUUCCAGUUUCCUCUGGACACUAUGUGAGAAUGUCAGCUCCGGGAAAUGCAUGCGCUUCUGCACUUAGAGCUAAUUGCACUUCUUAAGAUUCUUAUAUUUCACAGCAGAAUCGAAACUAAUCCUCAUAUUAUGGCUUCAUAUUAAAUGGCCGGAUGCCAGGAAUUAAUUUGAGAGCUACAUGUCGUGGGCCAAAAAUAGCAACGACAAAUUCUCCUCUGAAAAGUGGAUUAUGUAUACAAGAGUGUUUGUGCAGGAGUUGUUGAGGGGUGCAUGACGUAGUACUGAGGAGGAUGUGCAGCUUCUCCAAGACAACAUGUAUAAGCAUCAGCAGUCAUGUGGGAGAAAAGGUGAACCGGCUAAACAUAAUUAUGAACCAAAUGUUAAUGCAUGCUGUCAUGUGCAAAUCAUACACAACUGAAUUAAUGGCACAUUCUGUUGAUGGUUAGCUGACAUUGUACAUCUUUCGCAAUCAGUUAUUAUUAGGAUGAUUUCAGAGCACUAUGUAUGUCACCACCAAGUGAAGAACUGAAAUGAUGUAUGUUAUAGUAGCUCUUUAGGGGUCCAAAUGUUGAUUUAAUUCUCACAGAUGACAUAUUAGAGGGACACAAACAGUUUUAAAAAAUAGAAACUGCAGUUAUAAAUGUGCUGUGAAGACACUGUGUUGCAAAAGCCAAUCUCCCUUUUCUCCCCUUCACACCAAAGAAACAGUGGCUUUGUCUCUGUUCAACAUUUAAGCUUUUUCAAAGUUUUUCCUUGAUCUUAAAGUUUGAUCCUUUUACUGUAAUGGAAUUAACAAUAUUCAGCUGAUGCUUUAUCCUUGUAUGCAGAAAUAUCUUCAAAUAAGUGUAAUUUUCUAGGCCCACCAGAAUGAACAAUGAUCUUAAGAGCAAAAUGAGUUGUGUUGAAAAAAGGUUCUCCAUAAACGGUUAAUUUUGAAGAUAAAAGGUGACUGAAAACUUAUAAAUAUAUGUUUUUUAUUAUUGUAGCGACUAGUUUCCUUAAACAAAAAUGCCGCUGGGGUUUAGGUGUGCUUGCAUCUGUGACUCGUUCAAUUCAUUCAGUCCGCUUGAGUGUCAAAAGUGAUUUAUUGUUCAAAAAGGAAAGAAAACACGCUGAUCCAGGUCCAAAACUUUUGCCUUCAAAUGAAAAGGUGACAUAAUGAAAUUAGGGUAAAACAGGAUGAGUGAAACGGUCAAAAGAAAAUUAUUAGAGCUAUCAGACCAAAAACUCUUGUCUGACUACACCGGUGAGAUUUAAAUAACCUGCCAAACAUCCCAAAACCACAGCCCUCAGUGUGACGUACCUAUUAGAAAUCAUAUCAUCAACAAAUAUAUUUUGGCCCCCUCAAGUAUUUUUAAAUUUAAGGCUUGUGAUUUGUUGAUACACUGGUAUUUGCUUAAAUUAACUAACAACAUACUGAAUGUUAUUUUCCAAUUUCUUUUGUGCAAGUCCUCUGGCAUAAUGGUUGUUUAUCUAUAGAAUAAUACUGUAUGACCAUUAUAUCCACAAUAUAAGGGCUGAAUGAGCCUUAUAGAUGUUAUAGUUCAUAUGAGCUAAUGGACAAAGCAGCAUCAUAGACGUUCUUCCUUUUCUCUUAUUGCUCUUUUUUUAUCACACUGUUAAACCCUCACCACAGCUCAUAUCUCUCAUGAUUGUACUCUAAUAUUCAGUUUCUUCUCCUCCCCUCAUCCCCUUCUAUGUCCCAUCAUCCCUCGUUUCUCACCUUCAGUAUUAUUGCUGCAAGAAGGAAGAGUCCGAGUCGGAGGAGGAGGAGCCAGACUUUGCUGUUACAUCACGCCUCCCGCCGGUUCACUCAAAUCACAACAUUGUGGCGGCAACGGCCGCCGCUUCCGCCAUCCCAAAUGGCCCCGCCCUUUUCUCCACCCCUCCUCUGGCUAGGAAACUGACACGCUCACAGACCUUCUGUCCAUCCUGUACACACUAUGAGAUGCCUUUCUACCUCCAGCCGCCUCAACCCCAAGUCCACCAUCAACCAGAUGGGCUGAGGAAUGGAGGUGAUCGGAUCAGCUACCGCAGCGUGCAGCAGCAGGACCUGGAGCUGCCUGUGCCUGUGAACAUUUCAAACUACAGGAAACCCAACCUGGCCCGCUCGGUCACCAUGAGGGACAUGUUCCAACGCAGCUGUAGCAUCAGCACUGAUGUUUAGCCCGGUGAGGUUGGAACCUGGAGUAAGAUUAUGCCUAAAAGAAUGGGGAUGACCUAGGCUGGACAGCUUGAGUCUGAUUGUGUUUUUGUCAUCUUGACCGGUGUAGUCCAGUCUAGUGUUGUUUAAUCCAGUCUGGUCUCGUUCUACUGGUCGCCUCUUGCAGAACUGAGGACUCGGAUUGCUCUCAGGACAGGAUUUUUAAAGGUACUAUGCUCAGGUCCAGGACCUUACACUUGGGCCUAUAUGAAGUUUUAAGUAUUUAGAUAAUGAUAAAGUAUCCAGAUCAAGAACUUCUUGCUUUGGCUUGUUUUGAAUAGUUAUUUUUUAACGAUAAGAGCGGCAUUUGUUUUACAACUUGAUAAAGUUUGCAAAGCCCUAAUUCCUCUGAACUCUCAUGCCCAUGGCCUGAAAGAUAGACAAAUUCCUGCCAUGUCCAAAUGACAUAAUCAGCAGGGAUUUUCUCUCUGCCAUAGCUGCUACAGACAAAAUAUGAUUAGGUGAAGUCCGAUGGUUCCCCCUCUCAUGAUGGGAUGAUCUGUCUGUUCCUCCAUCCACUAGAUUAGAGAGAUUAUAAAAUAUCACUCACCGCCAGUGGAAAAGCCAGAGGAGGAAGGGGGAUGUUGUGUUUAAGCUGCCAGCAACAGACAUUUUAGACUUAACUUAGGCCAUAAUAUUUUAAGACGCAAAGGGCUCACAGAAGAUGAAAAUUCCUGCUUGUUUUUCCACAUUUUUUCAUAGAGGGGUCCAGUUUGACAGGGGGCUGGUUUCAUGAUACCACACUUCUACAGAGAAGGACCUUUGUGUUUUUGCAGGCAGGAUGGACCGGGUGCCAAAAGGGGGACAGGUUCUUGCAUAUGUGCGGUUGUGUGACUGUGUUUGCAUGCAAGUGUGUGUGCGUGUGUAAAAGUCGAUAAGUUGUUGUACCAGAGCUCUUUUUCCAUACAGUUCUCAGCUCAGUCUGUCACCCCUGCAGUGUGUAAACUGAACCCGGUGUCGGGUUGCAAUAACAUUUUGAACAUUUAAUAUAAAAGGGGGAUUGUUUUAGUUUCUGUGCGUGCCAUGUUACUGUUAUAUUUAUGUUAACGAUUAGAAAGAUUAAACCAGAUCAUUUGACAAACUGUUAGUGAGCUUGGCGCUCUUUUGUAAAUUUUACUUUACUUUUUCAUGAUAUACACAGACUGAAUAUGAAGGUAAAAGUCAGUACAGAAGCUCUUAACAAUGUGAUAUCAUUAUAUUUCUUCACUGACGUUUCAUCUCGUGGACUCUUCACUGCAUUCCCUGUGUUGUCCCAAAUUUGUUGAUACAUGGACUCAUGUGCUAAAGAUAAUUUCACUUUUAAAGCGACAUUUAUAAAUAUUUAACAGGCCACAGCAUACACCCAAGUCUCUCUCUCUCUCUUUCUCUGUCUCUGUCUCUGCUCUCGACUCACUGGACUGAGGAAUACUUGCUCGGAGGUACUCUGAGAGUUCAUCUCGGGAUGCUUUUAUUUUCUGAGCUCGGCUGACUGGAGGGCUCAUUUUCUAACAGGAGGAGUGUUACGGACAAAGGACACACACUUAAUGAAUGAAAUUAUUAAAUGCUUGAUUUCUGGAAGAUAAGAUGUUGGUUGUGUAACUUGAAGAUGAUCGGAUGCUCCCCUUUUCCCCCUGCCUCCUCAAAGUGGAUUGUCUUUCUAUCUUUCUUUCUUUCACUCUCUUUUUUUGUCUCCGUUGAUUUUGUUCGAUCAGCAAUCAAGCUCAUUUAUUUCCCCAAAAGGUGAAACAGUGAAUGAUUUCGUUAUGAUUUUUCCCUCUUGUGACAUGUGCUCCCUGCAAAUACACCGCAACACACACGCACCACACAGAAACACACACAUACAAAGUUGUCAAUGCUUUGCUUUCCUUACUUUUUAAAGAGAAAUGUGACAGUUGCACAAGAAAUGUAGUGCCAUAAAGAUUUCAGAGAGAAUUUUAUUAUAAUUAUUAUUACUAUAAGUAUUAUUAUAAUUAUUACAAGUGUAUAUUCAAAUGCAGUGUUGCUUUAACCCUGAGGUAUUUGAAUUACUUGCUUUAUUUUAUGAUCCAGCUGGUUUUUCAGACUCAGUACAGUACAGCAGAAAUGUUUCUGUCCUUGUUUCUAAUGUAUAACUAACAGACACAUUGUUGCUAAUAAAAUGGUGUGAAAAUCUG